AUGAAAGGGCUUCACGACCUCGUCCAAGCCGGCAAAGUCAACUACAUUGGCGCAAGCUCCAUGUGGACAUACCAAUUUGCCCGCAUGCAAUUUAUCGCUGAGAAGAAUGGCAGGACGAAAUUAGUGAGCUUGCAGAACCGGUACAAUCUUUGUUACAGAGAGGAGGAGAGGGAAAUGAACAAGUUCUGUAACGAGACUGGAAUGGAAAUCAUCAAUAAACGAGUUCAGGAGGUAGCUGAGAGGAAGGGCUGGAAGAUGAGUCAAGUUGCCCUGGUGUGGAUCAGAGAAAAAGGUUGCAUCCCCAUCGCCGGCUUGAACAGUACCAGUAUCGAGAGGCUAGAGGAAGCGUGUGCUGUGCGGGACAUGACGCUGAGUGCAGAUGAGGUGAAGUAUUUGGAAGAGCCAUACGCUCCAAAGCCGGCCGCUGGGCACAUCUAA